AUGCGAACCAAUCUCUUCACUCUGGCUUUCCUGGCCCUCUCGGCCGUCGCACUUGCGCUCCCCAUCGACAAGGAUAUCAACGCCUUACCCGGCCCAGGUAAACGCACUGAUGGCGACAUUGAAGGUUUACCUGGACCAGGAAAGCGUGCUGAUGGUGACAUCGAGGGUCUCCCAGGACCGGGCAAGUAA